GCCUGUGCUGCGCGACUCCGACACGCCAUCUUAAUUAGAAAGGGGGUUUAAACCUGGGGUGAGCAGGGAAACAGGAACUGGGGGAGGUAAACGUUAUUCUGUCUGUGUUUAAGUAAUCCGACCACUUCGGAGCAGUGCUCGUCAUGGCUUUGGGCGCUUUGAAGACCAAAUAAAGUGGCCUGCGUUGAGAAGCCAGCGGCGCUUUAUCAAGUUAGCUAGGUAGCUAGCAGGGGGGAGGGGCGGGGUGUUUGAGGAUUUUUUUCCUGCAGCUGAAGUUGUUUGUUUUUGUUAUUCUGGAUAUGUCCUCUUCAAACCCAGAUUUAACAGACCCAAAUCUGGGCAUGGGGGCGAGCGGGACGCAAGCGAGCGGCGGAGCUGUCGUCCCGAAAGGGCCCAUCAAACGACGAGCGGCGCCAGACUUUGAUGAUGAUGACGAUGAUGAAGGAAGCAAGUUGUUCAGGUGUGAUGAUGAAACAUCAGGCUCCAACAAUGACAAAGAGCGUUUUGCUAGGGAGAAUCACAGCGAGAUUGAGAGGCGGAGGCGGAACAAGAUGACUGCCUACAUCACAGAAUUGUCAGACAUGGUGCCAACAUGCAGCGCACUUGCUCGGAAACCAGACAAACUAACCAUCCUACGAAUGGCUGUGUCCCAUAUGAAGACUUUGAGAGGAAGUGGCAAUACUAAUGUAGAUGGGUCAUAUAAACCUUCCUUUCUCACAGACCAGGAGCUGAAGCAUCUCAUUCUGGAGGCAGCUGAUGGCUUCCUCUUUGUGGUGUCAUGCGAGACUGGUCGCAUUGUUUAUGUUUCUGACUCCCUGACACCUGUCCUUAACCAGUCCCAAUCUGACUGGCUCUGCUCCUCGUUAUAUGAUCAGCUCCACCCAGACGAUAUAGAAAAGCUUAGAGAGCAGCUCUCCACCGCAGAAAAUAACACGGGAAGGAUGUUGGACUUAAAAACAGGAACAGUAAAAAAAGAAAGUCAGCAAUCAUCAGCCAGAAUGAGUAUGGGAGCCCGUCGAUCCUUCAUCUGCAGAAUGAGGUGUGGCAGUUGUCCAGUGGAACCUUUGUCUAUGAACAGACUUAACUUUCUUAGGAACAGGAACAGGAAUGGUUUGGGGGCAGCCAAGGAAGGAGAACCUCAAUAUGUAGUGGUUCACUGUACAGGAUACAUCAAGUCCUGGCCCCCUGCAGGAGUAUCAUUAACAGAUGACGAGGCAGACAACACUCAGGGGAGUCGCUAUUGUCUAGUAGCCAUUGGGAGAUUACAGGUUACCUGUUGCCCGUCUGACACAGACAUCAACAGUAUCAGUGUUCCCGUAGAGUUUAUUUCACGCCAUAAUUGCCAGGGCACGUUCACCUUUGUAGACCACCGCUGCCUGACUGCCAUCGGCUACCAGCCACAGGAUUUAUUGGGGAAGAAUAUUCUUGAGUUUGCCCACCCUGAAGACCAAGGCUUACUGAGAGACAGCUUCCAACAGGUGGUGAAGUUGAAGGGCCAGGUUCUGUCUGUGAUGUUUCGGUUCCGCACCAAAUCCACAGAAUGGAUCUUAAUGCGAACCAGCUCCUUUACCUUCCAGAACCCGUUUUCUGAGGAGAUUGAGUAUAUCAUCUGCACCAACGUCAAUGUCAAAAACUCGUCUCAGGACCCCCUCACUCCCAUCUCCUCCCCAGGGGGCUCGCUGCCCCCCUCCUUGGGUCAGAGCAGCCCAAGUGGCCCCCCUGUGGUUCUCAGCCCUGGGCAUGUAGCCACCAGGCAGCUGCAGCAGCAGCAGGCCAGUCUGGAGGGAGGUGGCACCAGAGAUGGACUGUAUGAGACUGGACCAAUCACCCACCCACAGAUGCUAGUGACAGCAACUGGGCCGGACCACAGCAAGAGUCUUGAGAAGACUGAGCUCUUCUCCUCAAUUUUCCAAGGUUCUGAUCAGACCAAGGUUGUGUCUUCCACCUCUACUCCCUCUGCACAGAUCUACCCUUCAGCCAACAACUUCACUGCUGGUCGUCCUAACGAUACAUACAGACCAGCCACCAUGACUCCACAGAUGGCACAUCCACCACACUCAGCGGGACAGAUGCUUGCUCAGAUGUCUCGUGAGAAUGCAGCUCCUCAAUCAGUUGCUCCCUCGAGCACUGGCAGCCCUCUCCAUGGAGGACCAGCAGGAGGGUGGCCUGGAGCAGCAGCCAGACCACAAUUUAAUAAUCAGCAGGUGGUCCCUCAGGCAGCAAAGACCCUGUCUCCACAGUUUGCCUCCAUGGGAGGUUACGGAGGCGGCUCCUCCAACUCCUUUGGUCAGAUGCCUACAGGUGCUGCUCCCACCUCCACCAGUGGUACAAACUAUUCUCAGAUGAACCCCCGGGCCAGCCUCAACACAAACGGCUAUGAUGUCUCUCAUUCUGCAGCACAGUUUCCCUCCCGAGCAGCGGAAGCAGUGUGGCCACAGUGGCAGGGCCCGCAACACUCACAGAAUAACGCCGAGCAGCAUCCUCACGCUCAAGGCAGCCAGCAAGACAUGUUCCCCGAUGUUUUGUCUAUGCUGGACCAGCCUACCAACUUCAACAGCGAUGAUUUUGAGCUUCCCAUCUACCCUUCGUUUAAUGAGUGAGCUCGUCUACGCUUUUGUCCUCUCGACUCCCCGUUACGUCCUGCUCCUGAGAGUAGCACUCUUUCUUUGCUUUGCUUGGUUUAAAUUGCACUGCCACAAGGUGGUUCAUGAUGAAAUUAUAUAUCUGACGGCAGAUAUAUAGAUAAUGGUUUUUACAAUAUAGAUAAUGGUUUUUACAAUGUUUUUUUACAAUAUUCCUGCCAUUGCGAACCUGGUAGCUAGUAUUGCCCUGUGUGUGUGUGUGUGUGUGUGUGUGUGUGUGUGUGUGUGUG